CGUCUUUGAAAUUUCAAAUUUCUGUUUUGCCCCCACUCUCUCUUUCUCUCACACCAUAAUUAAAACCCUUAUCAUUAUUUCUCUCACCACCAAUCAACGGUCUGAUUUUUCAAAAAACUUCUCUCCUUCCUUAUUUUCUCUCUCUAGCUUUUACUCUUCAGUCACGAAAUUUGCGGAUCCUGUUGUCUUCUCAAAUUCCAGCCCUCGGAUUGUACCACUCUGCUGCUUACUAAUCGUGGCUAGACCGGAAAAUCCCGUUGAUUUUGGGUUUGAUUUUCAGGUACAGCUAACUUGAAAUGUCAAUCGCUCCAAGCAAUAUGCUUUCGCAACUGGAGACGACUUGUGGUUCUCUUCUAUACGAAUUGCAGAUAAUAUGGGAUGAAGUUGGGGAAUCUGAUGCUGAUAGAGACAGAACGUUGCUUGAACUUGAGCAAGAAUGUCUAGAGGUUUACAGAAGAAGAGUAGACCAGGCAAACAAGAGUAGAGCUCAGCUGAGGCAGGCAAUUGCUGAUGCUGAGGCCGAACUUGCUGCCAUCUGUUCAGCAAUGGGGGAGCGGCCAGUACACAUUAGACAGUCCGAUCAAAGCACUGGAAGCUUGAAGGCCGAACUCAGAGCCAUCCUUCCACAGAUAGAAGAGAUGAGGAGGCGGAGAUCCGAGAGGAAAAGUCAAUUUAUAGAGGUGAAAGAACAGAUACAGAUCAUUAAAAGUGAAAUCUAUUCAGGAGGGCAUUGUGCUUUGAAUGACAUGGCAGUCGAUGAAACUGAUUUGUCUUUGAGAAAUCUUGAAGAAUUGCACAAAGAACUGCAGACGCUUCAAAAAGAAAAGUGUGAACGUCUGAAGCAAGUCGUGGAGCACCUGAAUAAUUUGUUCUCCUGUUGCUCGGUGCUUGGUUUGGAUUUUAAGCAAACUGUCGAUGAGAUCCAUCCAAGUUUAGGGGAAUCUGAAGGUCCUAAAAACAUUAGCAAUGACACCAUAGAACAAUUGGGGAAGUCUAUACUAAGAUUACGGGAGGUUAAAAUACAGAGAAUGCAGCAGUUACAAGAUCUAGGGACUUCAUUACUGGAGCUUUGGAACUUGAUGGACACACCAAUUGAAGAGCAGCAGAUAUUUCAGAAAGUUACAUGUAAUAUAGCUGCUUCGGAAGAUGAGAUAACAGAGCCUGACAUGCUCUCUGCUCAGUUUAUUGAUCAUGUCAAGGCUGAAGUUUCUCGAUUGGAGGAGAUGAAAGCCAGCAAAAUGAAGGAACUCGUCAUGAAAAAAAAGUCAGAACUAGAAGAUAUUUGUAGGAAGACACAUUUGAAUCCAGAAUCAAAUAGUUCAGUUUCCUUGGCUGUAGAUGCUGUUGAAUCUGGAGCUAUUGAUGCCUCUUACGUGCUCGAACAAAUUGAGCUUCAAAUAUCUAGAGUCAAAGAGGAGGCUCUCAGCAGGAAAGAAAUCCUUGAAAAAGUGGAGAAGUGGAUGACUGCAUGUGAGGAGGAGAGCUGGCUUGAGGAGUAUAAUAGGGACGAGAAUCGCUAUAGUGCUGGCAGAGGCGCUCAUCUUACUCUCAAACGUGCUGAAAAAGCUCGUGCAUUAGUGAACAAACUUCCUGGAAUGGUGGACAUGUUGGCUUCAAAAACCGCGGCAUGGGAAAAUGAGAAUGGAGUCUAUUUUACUUAUGAUGGCGUUCGUCUGCUCUCUAUGCUUGAAGGCUAUACAGUUUUACGGCAAGAAAAAGAACUAGAGCGCAAAAGGCAGAGGGACGAGAAGAAACUUCAGGGACAGUUGCUAACAGAGCAGGAGGCUCUUUAUGGUUCGAAGCCAAGCCCUAUGAAGAACCAGAGUGCGAAAAAGGGGCCUAGAUUGUCGUGCGGUGGUGGUGGUGCCGCCGCAAGCAAUCGAAGACUUUCUCUUGGUGGACAUAUGACACAUAAUCCUAAGCUUGAUAUGCAUCAUUCCUCAAAGUUCACCCCCAACACACGUAAUGCCAAGAAAAACGAGCGUGCAAAUCAAGACUGCCAUAGGGAUGAUGGAUUUGCUGCUCUCUCUUCUGGGAGGAGAGGUUUGGACUUGGCAGGUUUUCCGGUAAAACAGCAUUCUCAGAACAUGCAAAAUGUUCGAGAAACAGAAUCGCACAUGCAGAGGAAUCCAUUCUCUCCUAUUUCUUCCACGGAUUCGUCGAAAUCGAACAUAACAAACAUUCUAGAAGACCUGAACAAAAAACACGAUAUUUUGCAGAAGGCACUCGCAACAAACACAAAUACACCGUACAGCACUCCUUCGAAGAUGGUCUCUACGGUAGGCGCCGAAGUAGAGAAUCGAACCCCUCGAGCAAUGUCGAUAAUGUCCGUACCUUCAACACCCUCGACUGUAUCAAUUCCGAUGCAAAUGGCUAUAACACCCGCUGUUCCGAAACAUAUGGCCAUUGUAGCAGCAGCUCCUUCUGCUGCAGUUAAGACAGUCGAUGGAGAAAUCGAAUACUCGUUCGAAGAGAGGAGAGCUGGAUUUGUUCUGCCUAGAUCACAUCUAGUGAACUUGUUGCAAGUUUAAUUUGUUUUUUUAAUUUUUUUUUAUUUUGUUACAUUCUUCAGUUCUGCUGCAAAAAUUGUUAUGUAUUUGUUUAAAAAUAUAUUGGCUAUUGUGAUGAUGAAUCAAUUCUGUUGUCUUUAA